GUAAGGAAUCGGAUUUCUCCCUGGAAGCUAUUGUUACCAACCAGCCCUGUUUUAAUCUAGUUGCAGCCUGCAAGUGGUGCAGUCAGAAGUCCGAGUAUUCUACAAUUAUUGGAAUCUGAAAACUAUGGCGAAAAUGGUCGAGAUUAGUGAUCUCAUGCCAGCUCCCAGCUUCAAUGAGCACUCUUACAGCAAGCGUAUUCUUUCUCAGCUGAGCGAAAGACGAGAGAAGAAUCGACAAAAUCAAUCAUGGAAUAUCCCCGAAGUGAUUACACACAAUAAGAGCCAUUUCUGGGUGAUGCUGGACUGGCUACAAGACAGCCUCCCGCGCUACUUGAAAGAUCCAAAUGUGAAAACUUGUCCACCCGACAAUUCUGGAUCACUGCAAGAGAUCGAUUUGCUCCGAGAGUUUUAUUUGGAAAUUGCAGAGCACGGUCUACCGGCUACUUUUGAGAGAUGGGGUCCGAGCAAACCCAAGCCUCCACCGAGUGGAACUGUGCUCAUUGUAGGAGCAGGGUUGUCAGGAAUGGCCGCUGCUUACGAGUUGGAAAAAGCCGGCUACAAGGACGUGAAGAUCUUAGAGAUGAGUCAGCGUUUUGGAGGACGUGUGAAGACACUCGAUAUGAAAGAUGGUUUUGAUCGUGGACUCCACACUGAUGCUGGUGCGAUGCGUAUCCCCCUUCCCCCAAAGGAGGAUCGUCCAAUCAAUGAGUCAAUCCAUUACCUCACUGAUUUCUACUCUCAGAAAAGGUUUGGACUGAAGCAAGUUCCCUUUAGUAACCAAAGUGACAACGCCUACUACUGCUUCUACGGAGACCUCAUACAAAUCUCUGAUUGGAACAAGGACCCAAAGAUGAUGUUCAACAAGUACUGGCCUGGUUGGAACUCUAAACCUGCAACCAGUAAAUUCGACACAAUUAAUGAGUACUACGAAACCGUGGCGGGUGUGGUUGUUGAUCUGCUUAAGCUCCGCCUCUCGUGGGUAAAGGAUCUGCCGUGGAUUGUUCAGGCUAUUGUGUGGAGCAUUUGGACGCAGAAUUGGUGCCAAUUUUCCUUCGGAUCGUUCCUUCGUAGCACCCUAACAGGAAUCAAGUCUCAACUUGCCUUUUAUCCAAUUGUCGGCACCCGCAGGAAAGCGUACGAUGCAAUCCUCGACCGUCUUGAACCGUUUCUGCCAUGGCCGGAGGAAGCCAUUACGGCUUACAAUAUCUUCAACUAUACGCUGUCUGAAGAUGUCAGUCUCGUAGCUGUGUUGCAGGAUAGGAUGGGAAAAUGGUGGUCCGACGCUAUGCACAGCCUGAAUGGUGGACUCUCUGCUCUGCCUGAGGCAUUUGCUGGGCAAGGAGGCGUGGAGAAGCUCAUUGUCUACAACCGUAUGGUAACCAAAGUGGAGGUGGUCUGGAACAAAGGCAAUGUCACUUCUGCGCGAGUCCAUGGUGUUUUUAGGUCUUCUGGCGAGCCUUUCGUCGAGGAAGGAAGGUCUGUGAUUCUCACUGUGCCUCUGCAUGUGCUGCGUGGGAUCGAGAUUGUAUCGAUAAACGGUGAUGAUUCGAGAACACAGCCGGAACAAUUCCCUAUGGAAUUUCAGAAAGCGAUUGAAGAUAUUUCGUACAGUCCCUCCACCAAGAUCAUGCUGCAGUACGACAAGCAGUUUUGGCAUGAAGAUGCAGGAGCGAUCAUCGAUGGUGGUUUCUCAAAGACAAACAUGCCGAUUGGACAGCUCCACUACCCCACUAUUCUCUCCGAGGAGAUGCGUGCGUUGAUUCAUCUCCGUGUUCCCGACAAUGCUCUGAUCAACCAGAAAGGCAUCCUAAUGGUCUACACUUGGAAAGCCGAGGCUCUACUCUGGGGAGCGCUCACUGAAGAUCAAGCCAUCCUGCUAGCCGUCAAUCAGAUCGAACGAAUUCACCCGAAUUCUAAACGUCUAUUCCAAGUUGGCAAGCGACAGGCCUGGGCUAACGAUCCCACCACCCUUGGGGCAUUUGCUAUGCUCCGCCCCCGUGAGUACAUCAGUGUCCUCUACCUUAUGCUCGGGUCCUGGCAAAAUAUAUUUUUCGCUGGAGAAGCUAUCUCUUUCGCUAACGGCUGGAUCCAGGGAGCUCUGGGCUCGGGAUUGAGGGCGGCAUUCCAACUAUAUUACCGUGACCAGGUCUCUCAGUAGUUAUCAGUGAAAGUAACGAAACUAUGUAGUAUAGUAGUAUAGUGCUUUAAUUUGUUUUUCCCCCGAUUUGCUAACAUUCAUGUUCAAUUAAUAUUAAUGCGUUCA